UUUUGCUUCUGGACGUUUGCAAGAGAAAACAAGAUUAAAUUUAGAAAAAUUUAGUGUUUAUUGAAAUAAGUUUGUAUUACAUCCUCAUAAAAUAUGUAUCUUUAGGAUAGCGAAUCCAUGGAUUUCUACGCAAGCAUCUGUCGGCUGUGUGAGGCCACAGAUAAACUGAGUGACAAAUGGUUGAACCUGUUUGCCGCAGGGAACGAGCAUCUCCUGGUGAAAAUUUCAUCUAUCUGCUGCCUUGAAAUUCGCCAGCAGGACAAACUACCGAAGCGAAUCUGCGGUCGGUGUACCACUAGCCUGGAGCAGGCUUACAAUUUUAAGCUACAAUGCGAGAUAACGCAAGCCAAGUUACAGCAUGAGAUUGAGUUUCUGGAGCAGAAUAACUGGAAUACCGGUUUAACAAUGCCACCUUUUGAUUUCGCUCGGUUUCAAGAAAUAAAACAAGAAGUAGCCUUGAAACAAACGUUUGAAACGGAUGUUGACCUACCCGUGGAACCUGUAUUAAUAAAAGAUGAAGUGGAAGAAAUGCACGAAGUGAAUGUUUCGCCAGUGUUACCUCCGGAACCGGAUGAGACGCUGUCUGAACUGUGUUCAUCAAAAGUUGAAAUAAUACCGAAAGAUGAGGAUGAGGAAUCCAAAAACGGGGGUAGCUCUGUGCCCGAUUCGGAGGAAUCAGAUGCCACUGAUGGUUCCGAUUCGGAAGCUCUGAUCAACAAAAAACAGCGCAUCCAAAGAAUUAACGAGGAAAACACGGAACAAUCCUGUUCGAAUAUAUGUGAUGUUUGUGGCGAGCAGUUCGAAAAAUCGUCUGAGCUACGCGCCCACGUCAGAAACGUUCAUGGAAAAAAGCGUUUCCGGUGCGAAACAUGUUCGAGGUGCUUUUCGCGGAAAACACGUUUACAAGAUCACGAGCUGCGUCACACCGGGCUUCGACAGUUUCAAUGUGAGCAUUGUGACAAGGCCUACGUUACUCGGUAUGGUUUGAAGACACACAUGGAGGAUGCUCACAGUGAGAAUUUGCCGUACGUCUGCGACAAAUGUGGCAGAGGAUUUUCGAAGGCAGCCAAGCUUCGACUUCACUACAGUAUGCACAUAGAAUCAAGAAAUUUCGUUUGUAAUGUGUGCUCGAAGGGCUACAAAACACAAUCCCACCUGAAUAUGCAUAUGAACACACAUUUGCCCCAGGGUCAGAAGAAGGUACGAAAACGGCGUAAUCGAGAGAAGGUUUGUGUGUGUCCCUUCUGUGGGAAAGUAUCUACCUCUCUGGGAACGCAUACAAUGCACAUCAGAACUCACACGGGUGAUCAACGUUACGAGUGCCACAUCUGCUUUAAACGAUUUACUUCCUCCGGCUCGCACAAGAAACAUCUACGCGUUCAUUCGGGUGAGAAACCGUUUGUGUGCGAGUUCUGUCAUAAAUCCUUCCGCCAGAAGCACCACAUGACUACUCACAUCCGUGGGGUGCAUACCAACGAGAAACCGUACCAGUGCAAGUAUUGUCCCAAAUCGUUUGCAACUAGGGGCAACAUGACGCUCCACGAGCGCAGUCAUGUUGGAGCGGAAGCGGCUGUUGUGCUCGAUACGGCUACCAGCGAUUUGAUGGCACAGCGGCAAAUGCUGAAUGACUUACGGAGUGAAAUUAAUCUUAACGGAAGUCCAUCACAUUCAUCCUCGAUGAUGACGACAUCGCCGUCGCCAAUGUUGAACCCAGGAGUAUUGAUAGCCCCUAGUGACGUGCUUCAUCAGCCAGAUGUAUACUUUCAGGAUCAGUAGAGUUGGAUAAUUUUGUAUAGUUAGAGAUGAGACGAGCGAGUUCCCCGACCAUCUCUAGUUUAAAUUUUGACUAGCAAGGAUUUUAGGUGACAGUAGAGUCCCUAAACUACUCCAAUAGCUUUCCAGUACGCUAAGAAUCGACUGCGAAGUCUCUCGAAAUAGAAGUAUCGCAAAGAAAUGUGGCCAAUAUGUAAGUUUUAUUU